AUGGCCCACAUAAUCCUCACAGGCGCCACAGGCACCGCAGGCGCCGGCAUCCUCGCCCACGCCCUCACCGUCCCCACCAUCGCCAAGAUCUCCAUCCUCUCCCGGCGCCCCGUCAAACUCGCCGAGAACCAGCCCGAAGCGACCGUCAUCCUCCACAAAGACUUCACCACCUACCCACCCGACGUCCUUUCGCAACUCAGCGGCGCAACAGCAUGUAUCUGGGCGCAAGGGAUCAGCAGUCGAGGCAUGAGCGAGGAGGAGUACACGAAGAUCACACACGACUAUCCCGUCGCGGCGGCGCGGGCGUUCGCGGGGUUGGGGGAGAACUUCACGUUCGUGUACACCUCUGGGGAGGGCGCGGAGAUGGAUAAAGAGGGUGGGAUGCUGUAUGCGAAGGUCAAAGGGAAGGCGGAGAGAAGUCUGCUCAAUCUACAAGCCGAACUGCCGUCUCUGCAUGUGUUCAACAUCCGGCCUGCGGGGAUCAAUCCGGCUGGCAACUACCUCGCGGAGCGCAAGCCUUCGUGGGUGGAUAGGGGGAUCAAUUUGUUAGGGAACGUCUUCGAGAGGGUGUAUAAGCCUCUGGUGAUUUCGACGGAGAAUCUGGGUAAGGCAUGUGUGAGGCUUGCGAUGAACGAUGGGAAGCCGUGGCCUGAGGGUAAGGGCGUCGAAGAACAGGGGAGGUUGAUCAGGAAUGUGGCACUGAGACGGAUCGCCGAGGAGGCGAAGUAA